AUGUCCUACGGAGCCAAAGCAGCAGAAAGGUUAGCUAACAAAAUUAUUCUCAUUACCGGAGCCUCUUCUGGAAUUGGUGAAGCUACGGCAAGAGAAUUUGCAGCAGCUGCAAACGGUAACUUGAGACUUAUCCUCACAGCAAGAAGACAAGAACGUCUUGCUGCCGUAUCAGCCCUGUUGAUCAAGUCAUACCCAGCCAUCAAGAUCCAUUCCGUUCAACUCGAUGUUUCCAAAGCGGAAACCAUCCAACCAUUCGUUGAUAAUCUUCCAAGUGAAUUUUCAGACAUCGAUGUCUUAGUUAACAAUGCCGGUAAAGCUUUAGGUAAGGAUAAUAUUGGUAACAUUCUCGAGCUGGACAUUGCAGACAUGUUCCAAACCAAUGUUUUAGGUCUUAUUAAUGUCACUCAAGCCGUGUUACCUAUCUUCAAGAAGAAGAACUAUGGUGAUAUCAUCAACUUAGGAUCCAUUGCUGGUAGAGAUCCAUAUCCAGGUGGAGGAAUCUACUGUGCCACCAAGGCAUCAGUCAAGUCAUUCUCCCAUGUAUUAAGAAAGGAAUUGAUCAACACAAAAAUCAGAGUGCUUGAAGUCGAUCCAGGUGCAGUUGAAACUGAGUUCUCAGAAGUUAGAUUCAAGGGUGAUAAGGACUUGGCCAAGGCUACCUACACUGGUAUGGAACCAUUGAUUGCUGAAGAUAUCGCAGAAAUCAUUGUCUUUGGCGUUACCAGAAGACAAAAUACCGUUAUUGCUGAGACUUUAGUUUUCCCAUCGGCUCAAGCUAGUGCCACUCAUGUCUACAAGGGUUAA